GGUAUUUCAGUUCAGUGUGAGAAGGUUACUCAUGUCAUUUUGACAAAGAAUGGUUCUUCGUAAAUAUUUGCAAUUUGUCGUGAUGAUUAUCUUAAUCAUUAUAAAUUCUAUUGAUUGUGGUGAUUAUAAUCAAUCUGAGAUCAAUGGUAAGAGUGAUCAAAUUUUGUCCCGGAAGGAACGAUUUAUUGCAUUUCCUGUGGGGUCAACAUUCACGGUUUCAACUUGUAUGACAGUUGGUGUGAUUGGAAAUCCAAAUGUCAACUAUCUCAGUCUUGGUUUGAAUUGGGGUGUUGCUUACGAAUUGCCAAAUAUAACUUGGGUACUUGACAGAACUCAUGGAGUCUCGAAGGUGAAAACUCCCAUGACGGAACCAGUUGUGAAGCGGAGAUAUCGCAGAGAUUUGUAUCAGAAAUUGGAGAUUAUUAUGAAUGGGAUGGGAUACAAUGGCAGGGAUUGUGUGUUGCGGGCACUUUGUGAGAGUAGGAAGUUUUUCCAUUCAGAAAAAUUGGGAAUGAUACCGGAAUUAAUAAGGACAAUUUUCUCGUUGCCAAAAGCUCGACUGCUAACGAGGGAGAUUGAAGAAUAUUCUGACAUAAAGGAUUAUAAUGGUGCUUAUUUUAGUGACGGCAAUGAAGAUUGUGCAUUGACAUAUCCUUGUGAAUUCUCAUUGUUAGAAUUGGCAAUGGGAAGGUAUUCUGAACCGCCACCUGAAGACUUUUAUGGAUAA